UGUCAUUUCUAGACCAGCGCCUGUUUGCCAAAGGGAAGCGUUCAUCUGGCGUGAACAAUUUCAAUGACGAUGGAUGGCCACGUACAGAAAAGAAUACUACUAAUGUGCCUUACCUUUAGCGUGUUGACAGAUUGUGCCGUUAUUGUUACAAAAGAUCAGGAGAAGCCAGUGGAUGUUCAGGCAGACAAGCUUGGAGAAAAGGAUGUUACACCUCUUAUCUUGCGAAAGUUUCCAUCAGAGCCAAGUUGGUCCAAGAACGAAUAUCGAUCAAACUGGCAAACGACAGCCAAGGUGCCCUCCUUCAGAGUACCACCCAAACUUGUAAAAGCACCUGGUGCAAAAGAACUGACGGCGCCCGUUAAGCUUUCUCCAAUCCAUAAAGUUCCGCUUUUCCAGGCUGCAGCGGCCAGAGUGUCUCCAGCAGGGCCAUCACUGCCUAAAUUGCAACCUGUUGAAACUGAAGAAGAGGCGUUGAUCAGAAGACAAGAAUGGGCGGAAGCAAACGAACCCCACCCUAAGGCAACACAAAAAAUGGAUGAGAGUGGGAUCUCUGCAAUCGUUCACGAUCCACGGACAGGAGACAGAGGUGUCACUGCAUUGAAGGAUGUCGAUCGCAACGCUUGUUUCAUAAAUCAUUACUUCGAACCAUUUGUGCUCCCGAGUUCCCAGAGAGAGUUUUAUGCAAGAAACCUGCCGGCAACCAUUAUUGAAUCGGACGACGAGCAAGAGCAAUUCCAGAAAUGCGUCGGCGCAGCCGUAGCCAAGCACUGUCAGGAUGCCAAAACUUACUGGCUAGACAAGAAUUUGUUUUUCCAGUUUGUGGACAGUAGCAGAGGCCCACAAAAGCGUUCUCGUCCAUCAGAUAGCACUCCUUCCCAUGUCAACAAGAUAACUGAUAUCCCGAUGAACCGGGAACGGCGCCAUGCCCAGACCAACUGCACAUGUAACACUGGAUCCCAAGCUCUCCUGCCCAAGAUAGAUGGUCUAAGUGAUCUCGUGGAGGCGAGAACCAUAAAUCCUCUGCUGAUGAUUCCAACUAUUAACUGGUUAAUUAAGGAACGGCUUCCACAGUGGCCUAUCCCAAAAGGGCCUAUUCCACGAGGGCCUAUACCAAUUGGGCCAAACUCCCCCUAUGCGAAGGCUUCCCUUCAAAAAAAUCUGCAGUCAAAACAGCUCCUUCAGGGAAAGUAAAAACCGUGUAGCUUAUUAUAAACUGCUUGUUGGAAUAAAUUCUUGAUGGCCAUGCUCCCACAGUGGAAUAUGAUAGGAAUGAUAGGAAUUUUCGGCUUUCGUCAUUUUAAGCGAAUUUAUUUCAUUUAAUUUGGAUUGUUUACGUUUUGAAUUUCAAUUCGCUAUGUUGAAAAAUUCGCUAUAAUGUAUAGGCCAUUUCUCUUGAUGAUAUAUAUGAACAACUAUAUUAUGUUUGGAUAAAUUUGCUCAAGGCCAAUUGCUGAGAAUACAAAGACAUAAGAAUUCUC